UGGAAAUUGCAAAGGAAAGCAGGAAGACACAACUUUCAAUGCAAGGCACCUCUGCUCACCAUUAUCGGUUCCGUUGCUAAAACCUGUUCUCUUUAGACUUUCUUUCUCACUGCCAGACUGGCUACUUUCAGAACAAUUCCACCUGUCAGAUGAGAGUUACGGAUUUAUUUAUUUAUUACCUCAUUUUCUCUUAGGAUUGACAAAGAAGAGAAAGAAAUGCAGAAGAAUAAGACCCACAAAAUGGAGUCUGUGAUGACGGAGAGCCAUGUGAUUCAACCUGAUAAGAAUGAGAAGCCACACAGGAGAACUUGGGAUCAAGAGAUAGCAGGUUUAUUUCAUAGCAGGGAGCCAAAUACAGAUUUUUCCUCUCCAGAUGCUUCCAUAAUGAGUGAAGAAGGACCUAGAUUGUACAGAAUUUGGGAUGUUAGUCAAAAAACCAUUAAACUGAUGGAAAACAGGCUGAUAGCAACCCCACGUAGUUCCAAUGAACCAGAGCAAUUAAUUCGGGUGCUCCCAAAUGCAAACUUGGAUCCAAAAAUGCAACCCAUCUUUAUGGCACCUAAUGAUACACACAGCAUAUCCUGCAUAAAGUCUGGCAGCCAUCCACAGCUGCAGUUAGUGGAGCAAAAGAUUGUGGAGCUUUACAAGAAAAAGGAGAACCUGUUGAGUUUCUCUUUCUACAGCAAGACAGAUGGGAGCCUGGAGACUUGUUCUUUUGAAUCAGCAGAGUUCCCGGGUUGGUUCCUAAGUACAUCUCGGGAACCAAACAAACCUGUUGGUCUAAGUCAACAAGGAGGCACUGAGAACACCUUGUUUUACUUUGAAAGAAAAGAAGAAAUCGGUUUCAUCACUCAUGGCCAUCACUUAUGAGGAAAUGUGAAAGUUCAAGUUCCAAUUUAUACAUCUUGUAUACUAAUUGUGUGAUAGGAUGGAGCCUUGUGUGGAAGGGAAUCAAACGGCAAUCAGAUCUAAGGUUUACAGUCCUAUCUCACAAAUAUAUUUGAAUUCCAGAAGCUGUAGUCUAAUGCAGCCACAUUCUCAAUCCCAAUGAAUGCAAGUAUAUCAAUCUCCUGUUCAGAUUUACUUGAGUGUAAAAAACCUUUAACUUAAUAACACAUCUGGUGAAUCAGUUCCUAAGGCUACAUUGUUGCUCCCAAGAAAUGCCCUCCCCUCACCCUCUCUGAUAAUUUUUUAGUUUUUUUUAACAUUUUUUUAUUAUAUAAAUCUAUCCAUACUGAUUUAACAUCGUGUCCCCAGGGUACAGCUUAUAAUCAUUUGUAAAACAACUACUACACACAUUACACUCCUAAUCU